GGGGAUAACGAUAAGAAGGCAGAAGGGGCUGUUCUUUGUUUGCCGUCUUCCCUAGUCGCAACAAUGAUUAUUCCAGAGAAGAAUCGCAGAGAGAUUUCUAAGUACCUCUUUCAAGAGGGGGUUUGCUAUGCAAAGAAGGACUUCAAUCUGGCUAAACAUCCUGAUAUUGAUGUUCCAAAUCUACAAGUCAUCAAGUUAAUGCAGAGCUUCAAAUCGAAGGAAUAUGUCCGUGAGACUUUUGCUUGGAUGCACUACUACUGGUAUCUCACGAACGAUGGUAUUGAAUUCCUUAGGACAUACCUCAACCUCCCAUCUGAGAUCGUCCCUGCCACAUUGAAGAAAUCCCUCAAGGCUCCCGGUAGACCAAUGGGUGGCCCUCCUGGUGAUCGCCCCCGUGGACCGCCUCGCUUUGAGGGAGAUCGGCCUAGAUUUGGUGACCGUGAUGGGUACCGAGGAGGACCCCGCGGAGGACCUCCAGGAGAGUUUGGUGGUGAUAAGGGAGGAGCUCCACCAGAAUACCAGCCGGCAUUUAGGGGCCCUGGUGGAAGACCUGGAUUUGGCCGUGGGGGUGGCAGUUAUGGUGCAGGUCCUGCUAGCUCAAGUCCUGCUUAGGAGGCAGAUGUCUCAAUUUUAGCUGUUUUAGUGAGCAGCUGAAAUCCUGUAGUGGUCGUUAGUUUGCAGUUGUUAACGGUCUCUGUUUUUUUUUGUUUGAGGUGUGUACUCAAUUGAGUUUGUCAAGUGAUAUAAUAUUUUUGAUGGCAUAAGUAACCUAUAAUAUUUUUCAUCUGCAAGUUUAUGGAUUGAAACUCAGCAUCUUUUCUUCUUAGUAAUUCUGCUGAGUGCUAGAUUUAUUCCUCUGUUUUGGCUUA